UUCAGUGCUGCCUGGUCUGCAGGGUCCGGCACCCUCUUGCCAGGACAGCAGGGAGGACAGGAAGCCUCUCAAUUUGGGCUGGGCUAUGCCUUCCCCCUGUGCUCCAGGGCAAAGGGAAGCAUCCCCCUCUGGGGCUGCUGUGUUCUUGGAAGCAGCACAGGCCAAACUGCUACGCUGGAGCCAGCGGGGCUGCCUCUGGCUGCUGGCAGGAUUGUACAGGUGGUGGCCGGCCUGCCUGACCCCUCCUUUCCGUUACAGGCUGCUCUUUGGGAUGCUGUAUCCUGCCUAUGCCUCCUACAAGGCUGUGAAAACAAAGAAUAUCCGGGAAUAUGUGCGCUGGAUGAUGUAUUGGAUUGUGUUUGCCCUCUUCAUGGCGACAGAAACUGUUGCAGAUAUCUUCAUUUCCUGGUUUCCCUUCUACUACGAGAUCAAGAUGGCUUUUGUAGUGUGGCUCCUGUCUCCUUACACGAGGGGGGCAAGCCUGCUGUACCGCAAGUUCAUACAUCCUACGCUGUCUAGCAAGGAGAAGGAAAUAGAUCAGUUCAUUGUUCAAGCCAAAGAACGUGGCUACGAGACCCUCGUGAGCUUUGGGAAGAGAAGCUUUAAUGUAGCGGCCACAGCUGCUGUCCAAGCUGCUGCAAAGAGUCAGGGCGCCCUGGCCGGCCGACUGCGGAGCUUCAGCAUGCAGGAUCUGACUUCCAUUCCGGACACAAGCCCAGUUCACUUUUCAGAUCCCCUUUACCCGGAGGAGCAGGAGCGGCGGCGGCCAAGAACACAGAGGACUGCUACCCGACAGCUGGAGUAUGAGAGCAACGAGGAAGACUGCUGGUCCGAUUCUCAGCUCUCCCCGGGUUCCAAAGCCCGCAACAGGGACCCAUUGAUUUCCAAGCCACUGUCUAGGACUCAGAGCCUUCGGGUGGUGAAGAGGAAGCCUUCAGCCAAGGAGGGUUCCACUCGACUGGUGCGAAGCCGCCCCAAAAGGAAGGUGGUGGAUCAGGACAUCUAGGCCACUUCCAUGUCAGAGAAGUCGCUUGGGCAAACAAAUUGGCACAUGGAAUGGGGAUGGUGGUUCUAAUGGUGCUUCACAGCUUGUAUUGCUGACCCUGUUCAGGGAGCUGUGAGUAGUUUUUUCCUGCCUUAGUUGGGCACAGUCAAAGUGGCCUCAAAUGAGCCACUUCUCAGGGCCAGUGGUUGUGCUUGCGGGGCGGGGGGGGGGGGGUCCAACAGUGGAGGAGGAAAGUGGUUUGCUGGCUGGAAACCCUUGUUGGCAGCUGAGCCGGUAGCAACCUCUGGUGCCUCCCUUCCCUUGGCAGGCUUAGCUCUUGUGCCUGCCCCCCCUCCCCCCAAUUAUGCCUUGACUCAGAACAGGGGUGACGUUUUUCAUUCACUGGCUCUUGAACUGCAUCUGAGUGUCCUGCUCAAUUUGGCUGCCUAUAUUAGGAAGUCUCCCCCCUGCCAUCGUGUGCCUUCACCAACACAAGUACAUGGCACUCUUGAAGUGGCAGGAGAGCAAGUGCAGCUUGGCACUGUGCAUCAACGUGCAGAAACUGACAUCUUUUUUUUUUU